CAGUAAUCUAAAUAAUAAUAACAGUAAUAAUACAAUAGAAUCAAUUUAUAAAAAUAAAAAUGAAAUAAUAAAAUAUUUAAUAAAAAAUAAAAAAUUUAAAAUUACAAAAUCAUUAACUAUGGCAUGUUAUAUGGAAAAUCAAGAGAUAAUAGACUAUAUAUUAGAUUCAAUCCAUGAAACAGGUCAAUACGUUAGCGAUAAUAAUAACAGCGAUAUUAGAAUACUACUUGCACAAGGAUCAGACUAUUCGAUUAUAGAAAAAAUUUUAGCUACCAAAUUAAAAUAUCAAAACUCUGGUGAACAUCAAAGAUUUAUACCCGAAACUUUUAUUAUCGCCUUCGUAAAUGGUCAUAUUAAAACAGGAGAGUUGUUCAUUAGGUCCAAGUACAUUAAUUGGAAUGUAAAUCAAAUUGACCCAACAUGUAUAGCGCCAAUACUCUACCACUGUAGAGAGGAGUUAAUAACAGAGUUUUUAUUUAAAAACAAAUGCCUUUCGGAUCUAUUCAACUUUUUUACCAAAACGACUGUAGCUGAUUUCUCCAUUCUCUUGUCAAGCUUUUCCCAUAAAGAUACGAUAUCAAUGUUCUUGGCAUACUACUGCAUAACUUUAAGAAAUAAUAGUCUUCAUCACUCUUCAGAAUCAAGUAACAACAAUUUAAAACUUCAGUUUUAUUUAGGUGAUUUCUUUUUCAACAUUUUAAAAGUACUGGUAUUCCAAUGCGAUUUAGACACUCUAAAGAAACUUUGCAACAUUGAAUUAUUUAAUAGACAUUUCAAUUGGGAUUUAUUUGUGUGGUCCAUUCAAUUUCAAAACCUUCCAAUAAUUUCAUUUUUAUUUAACAAAGUUUACGAUUAUAUCGAACAAAAUCAAAAAGUGUAUCAACUAUCAGAUUUAAUUGAAGAUUAUUAUGAUAAUAAAAACCUAAAAGAACUAUUUAAUAAUUUAAAAAAAAGUAUUAGAAAUAAAAAGAAAAAAAUAAAAAAAUAAUUUGAAAUUAUCUCAUUACCAAAUUAUCUGUAAAU